AAGUGUAUACUAAUAAUGCAAUGCCCAAAAAUGUUUACUUCAAGAGAAAGUAAUCUUAUGAGUUGCCAACUCUUCUAUAAAAGGAACACACAUGUUAAAGAGCCAGCCUAUUUCAUUAGUUCCACUAGUUCAGAAAUUCUACAAAUUACAAGCUCUAAUAAGAAAGGAUUUAUGGCUAGUGAUGGACUGAGUUGGGCGGAUCAAUGGGGUGCAGGAGGGAUAGGUGCCAUGGAUGAAGAUGACAGCUAUUAUAAGAGCAGCAAAGAAAAUGGAAACAAGAAGAAAGCUAGUUCAUCAUCAUCAGAAGGAAUUGGCAAAGUCAAAGCAGUGGCAGUGGCUGGUGCACAGAAGGUGAAAAAUGGCCCUUCCAUGUUCAUCAAAUGGGUUAGGAGCAAAUCCCAAAAGAAAAACUCCCCCAUUUCAUGAAAUAGAAAAAGAUAAAAGAUGGCCUUCUAAAAAGGAUUUCAGAUCAAACAUGCCUAUUUUAGGGGCCUCUUAGAUCAACUCUUGUUUCAUUCCUAAGAAGUACACAGUCUCUACUUGCUUUAUUACUGUACUUUUGGCAUACUCUGUGCCUUCUCUUUAGCUUCUGCCACGGGCUGUUCGUGUAUAAGAUAUGUACACAUUCGGGUUACUUAUAAGGUAAUUGCAGAUUAAGUCUCUCUAAUAA